AUGCUUGAGAUUCUGAAAAGGCGGGUCAAUAUCGCGCACGCACGUCGCACACGUCAUAUUUUAUACGGACACCAAAAUAUCCCGAAGCCAACUGAUAGUCAAACUGAAGGAAUGCAAAGGAAGGUUAUUGAGCAGGAAAAAAUCACGCACGAAAGUAUUGUUAAUGGUCGGAAGGUAUUAUGGAGUAAUGCAUCUGACUACUUAAAGACGAACAAAGCACAUGAACAGUUACGUAAAGUGCUAACUGCCUGUGCCAUAAUAUUGGCGAUAAAUGUAUUCUUGUUUAUCCAAGCUGGAAAGGACUUAGAGCGACGAAGGAAAGGAAACAUGAGUGAGCGUGAAAUUCAACGUAAAAAAUUGAAUUUAUCAGGCGAAGAAAGGCAUAAAAUUGGUAAACCGUUUGUUGUUAAUUAA